AUACGUUUGAAAUUAUUUUCCAUCAUGUCUAGCAGCGAGUCUGCUGAGACCGUGGAGGUCUUACAACUAAAAUCCCAAGAGUCCGUGGAGUCAGUUGAACCAUCCAUGUCUGAAUGGUCUUCACUCGUUAUCGAUGUAGAACCCCCUAAUCCGAAGAGAGUAUUAUACGAAGAGGGUCUCUACGACCCAGGAAGUGGAGAAAUAUGUGCCGCUUACGUCGCCCAGUCUGACAGCGCAGUCUUCAGACAUGUUUACUACAAUUACCCCUGCGUCUCCGACCCUGGGAUAUCAGACGCGUUGUUAGGACCAGCGCCUAAACCCGUCUACCCUGACGACGGCCAAGAACUGUACUUAGCUUUAUGUAAGCAGAUGAAUCAGACCCCGGUUCGAAUUUUCCUCAGAGCGCUGCUCGGAACUAAGGCAGACUUGAGCUAUUACUGCGUUAAUCCUUAUGGCAUCCAAGCUAUGACCAAGAGUCUAAUCAACAAUAAAACACUUACCAGUAUUAAUUUGACGGACAACUUUUUAAACGACGACGCCUGCUUCCACUUAGGUGAGAUGUUAACGACUAAUACCAUUUUAACUGAGUUAAAUCUUGCGGGAUGUAGGAUUGGGCCGAGCGGAUCUCUCAGGCUAUGUGCGGGACUGGCAAAGAACAGGGCUUUAAUGGUGCUCAAUCUCAGUCGGAAUCAGUUGGGUGAUGGUGGUACUGAUCACUUCAGUCAAGCUAUAUUCUCCAAAUCUCGUGUUCAGGAAGUUAAUCUUUCCAGCAAUAGUAUCAGCGGAAAAGGUGCACAAACUCUUUCUGAGGCUUUAGAGUGGAACAACCAAAUAACACACUUAGACCUCUCCCGCAACCUUCUGUAUUCCUUCCCUUCCGGACUCUGCAACCUACUCAUUGAGUUAAGCAACAGCCAGUUACUUAAAUUUAUAAACUUAUCAUGGAACAGUUUAAGCGGCACCAAAUUAUCCGACGGGAUAAAACAGAUUUUCAAGGCUAAAAACUUGCAACAUUUAGAUAUCAGCAAUAACAGGCUAUCGACCACAGAAGUCGCAAUGGACCUGACUGUCUCUAUGGCAAAACCCAAGAAAAUGGUCACUUAUGACGUUUCAUACAACCCGAUUACGUCGACGGAUUCCAUACUCUUUAUAAAUAAAUUACAAUCCAAGUUUGUUAAAAUACAGAAACUUUAUAUGGACGGUAUUCCUGUAAAUGUAGAAUUUAUACAAAUUUUAAACGCUAUGAAGCUAUUACCAAAUAAACAAAAUGUAGAAGUAACUUACGGAUAUGUAGAAGGAUUACACAAAGCAGCAAGUCCCGACCCGAGAGAAACGGUUCUGAAUAGAGUAGAGUUUAUUUGCAAGAAACCUAAGAAAAAUAAAGUGGAUAUAGCUCUAGUGAUUUACCAAUUACUGAAGGAGGGAAGAAAUAUACUAGAUACUAAGGAAUUGACUGAAGCGAUUGAAUUUGCAGGAGUUUCUUUAGAUAACGGGCUUAUAGCAGAGUUGGCUAACGUUUUCCCUGGGCCUAUCUCUAAAAAGGGGGCAAAGAGGGUUAAUAUUGCGAUGAUGGGGGAGUAUAUGAAGAGGAAGUGGCCUGAGAGGAAGCUGCCACCGACGCCGCCGCCUGAACCGGAGCCAAUCCCUGUUCCAGAGAAGGGGAAGAAAGGGAAAGAAGCUAAGGGGAAGGGGAAGGGAAAGAAGUAGAUCAUAUUUACACCGAAAUUAAGUGAAUGGUAUUGCUUUGGAUGUCAUAACGACGCUA